AUGCAAGCUCCCACCACGACCACCACUUCUGCCAAUACUACCACCCCAAACAACCUCAACAAGAUGCUCUCGCUCUUCCGCAAGUCUUCCAAGUCGUCCAGCUCCUCGUCGACCGAAGUGAUGGUCGGCGCCAAUGCUUCGGAGACGACGCUGGUUUCGUCUGCCAAGCCGUCUGCUCCGAGCAAGCCUAAGCGCGAGUACACGUACAAGCCCGAGUUCACGGGCAUGGGCGCUCUCGGCGGUAUGCCCGCCCUCGGAGGCCACAUGUUCUUCGAACCCCCCUCGCCCACCGAAUCCUCCACCAGAAGCAACAGCAAAAAGAACCCUGUCGACCCCGUCGGCAAGCUGGUCCCCACCCAGCCUUUCAAGUCGGCCCCCUCGGCAUCGUUUGUCAACGAACGCUUGAACACCGUUAAGGCGAGGCAAUCGUUCGAGACGUUCACCACGACGGUAGCAUCCACCUCCCCGCGCUCUUCGCAGGAAGACGCUACCUCGUAUCAAAGGAAGCUGCCCAAGCAGCCUAAGUCGUUCUUCAACAACUCCUUCAGCAAUACCUGA